AAUAUUACUUCUUUUUAAUAAGAAAGAAAUAUUGUAUAAAUAAUAAAAUAUUAUGCAGAUACUAGUAAUGAUAAAUUUUCGAAUCACUAUCAGUAACAUUAUUUCACUCAGUCAAUCAAUCGAUGGUUUCACCGUCAUUCUCCAUGUCUCGAAUUCAUAAUACAUAGAUGAGAAAAAGUUUAAGCGGGGAAAAAUUUCAAUCGGAACUAUCGGAAAGCAAAGAAACUUUUGUUCCCCUUUACUGAAGGGAAUCGAAAAAUCGGCGCAAGCGCCGCAUUCUUUUUCUCAGAACCUCGGAUCAGAGCUGGUUAGUUUGAAAGAGACGUUCAAACUCUAACGAUGGAAAAAUCAAAAAUCAACAGCAUAUCGUGCAUACAAACAAAUCACGACUAUAAGAGAAACGUGAACCUGAGCAUUCAAUGGAGUCGUUGGAUUUUAAAACCGAUCGGUCUCUGGCCCAAUUCCUCCACCAUUUCAACGACAGGAAAAUAUCUUUAUCGAUUAAUAAAUGUAAUCUGCUACAGUCUAAUAAGUUUCCUCUCGAUACCAUGCAGUUUGUACGUGAUCCUCGAAGUGGAAGAUAUCUACAACAGAAUAAAACUAUUUGGUCCAUUGAGCUUCUGCGUGAUGGCAUUUCUAAAAUACCACUUGUUAAUCCUACAUAAAGAUAAUAUCAGCGAAUGUAUCAAACGUAUCGAAUGGGAUUGGAAGAAUAUCACGUAUUCCAAAGAUAUAGAAAUCAUGAUAACGAAUGCAAAUUUUGGAAGAAGGCUGGUCAUUAUUUGCACGUUUUUCAUGUACAGUGGUUUCGCCUUUUACUAUAUUGCCGUGCCAAUAAGCGUUGGAAAAAUUCUUGCGGAGGAUGACAAUAUUACCUUCAUUCCCUUGGUGUUUCCAUUCUCGAGAUUUAUCAUCGAUACUCGCUACAGUUUCAUAAAUGAGAUCGUAUUUUCUAUUCAAUUAAUCGCCGGUGCUUUGAUGCAUACGAUAACGACUGCAGCCUGUAGCUUGGCUGCUAUAUUCGCGGUGCAUGCUUGCGGCCAGAUGCAAGUGUUGUCGAACUGGCUGAAACAUUUAAUAAACGGUCGGUCAGAUAUGUAUAACAAUGUGGAUAGCAGAAUCGCAAGUAUCGUGAGUCAACAUGUUCGAAUAUUGAAAUUUUUAGCGCUUACAGAGAAAGCACUUCAACAAGUGUCAUUCGUGGAGUUUUUAGGUUGCAUGUUAAACAUAUGUCUGCUUGGAUAUUACGUUAUUACGGAAUGGAGUUCGAGUCAUUUAACCAGUGCAAUAACAUUUUUCAUACUGUUAAUAUCUCUUACGUUUAACAUUUUCAUAUUUUGUUACAUAGGCGAGUUGGUAGCUGAACAGUGCAAGAAAAUUGGAGAAAUUUCAUAUAUGGUUGAUUGGUAUCGAUUAGAGGGAAACAAAAAGCUUUGUUUCGUUUUGAUAAUUGCAAUGUCUAAUUCAUCGAUUAAAUUGACUGCUGGAAAUAUGGUUGAGUUGUGUUUGACCACUUUUAGCGAUAUUGUUAAAACAGCCGUUGCAUUUUUGAACGUAUUACGAACAUUAACAAUUUAAAGAUUUCUUUUAAUAUGGUGAACUGUUUGAUGAUAAAAGUUGCAAUUUUCAUAUCGAAUAAUAGAAAGAGUGUAGAUAUACGGAUAUACGUUUCUUUUAUAGAAAUAUGUUGUAUCAUAGA